AUUAACAUAAUCCAUGUUUACAAACCGCUGGUUGGCUGGCUGGUAAACGCGUAAACGGGUUACCAUCUUCGACAAGCGAGGCGAAUCUAGAUAUUAACCCAGGAAAACAGUUUCUUUUGGACCAGUUUACGACCUACCCGUGGUAAUAUCAACAAUGUUACAGGGCUGAGAUACAUAAGGGACAUUUUCUUCAGGCUUUUGAACGUCUUGCCACCACAAUGUCUGAGCCUCGAUACACCAUCGAGCAGAUAGAGCUCUUGCGACGCCUAGUCCGCACCGGUCUCACCAAAGAUGAAAUCAUCCACGCGUGUGACUCCAUGGCCAAGAUGGACUCUGAGUUGGGUCCCCUCCCAUCCAAAAUAGAACAGCCCAUUUUCACGUCUGUCAACUCUGCUGCUUCUCCACCAAUCAGCAGCUACCAUGCCCCACAGCAGCUAACAGUGACCAAUAGGAACUCGGGGUUGGAUACAACGGGUGGGUUGGGCCAGGAACCAGCAUCUCCUGGAAACAGGACGUCCCUGGUGACUCUCCUGUCUAACGCAGGACAUGGCGGAUUCCAAGAGAACGGGGAUGGUGGUGAUGGAGGCAGAGGUGGUGUUGAUGACUUCCACGUAACCAAUGAGGAAGUAGAAUCUCUCUUCAGGAAAGGUCACAUGAACGUGAAAGAAGACAUCAAGGAUUUCCUGACCCGCAAUCGUCUUUCCCAGAACCUGAUAUCCCAGUCUACCGGUAUUAGCCAGAGCUACAUCUCUCAGUUCCUUCUCCAUGGUUACGUGAUGCGGAGGAGCACCCAAGCCAUCCUCUACCGCUGGUUUCUUGCCAAGAAGAGAGAGCUCGAAGUUAUGGGGGUAAUCAACAGUACCCCAGAGCAGCAAGACAACUCUGCUUCCUCCCCUCACGGCCUCGCCCAGCAUCGAGUGCGCCCUUUACAGCCCCGUUACGCCCCCUACCAAACCCCCACCCAGUCCACGCCCACCAACUCCAGUGCGGCGAAUUCGGGCAAGCGACGAGAGAGGUUCGUCUGGAAGGACAACUGCCUGAGAGUCCUGGAGGCAUACUUCAAGAAGAACCCAUACCCCAAUGACAUGGAACGCAUCAGACUGUCAGAUGCUUGUGAUGCUCUGCAACAAAGUUUAUUAGGUAACGAUAUCCCGGAACACAACAGAGUGAACCCAAGCAAAGUGUACAAUUGGUUUGCCAAUAGAAGAAAAGAAGCUAACCGUAAAAAGAGAAUGGCUGCAGAACCUAUAAUCACAAGAACAGUUUCUCAUGAUGAUGACUCCAUCCCUGAGGUGGAUUAUAUCGACAAUUCAAGCGCUGAUCUUACAAAUGAAGGAGAUGCAUGCAUGGCAGGUGAGCUUGAAGAUGAGCAUGACACUGGCAGCAUGAUGAAUCACAUGGGGGGCGACGACGACCAGGAUGAUGCAGAGGUCGCGACCCAGCUGGUAGAGGUCAACAAUUCCAUCAUGACCCUCAUGAAGGCAGUGGAGGAGAGGACGGAGGACCCACAGGUCAAGACGGAAGCCGAUACGUGAUGGUGACCCCCGGCCCCCCUACUCAGUGUUACUUAGGUUAUACGCGUAUGCA